AUUUGUUAAUAAGAAACAUUUUUUUGUUGAAAUGACUAUAAUAAGCAUAUUACAGUAAAGAAGAGUGUAUCUUGUAAAAAGAAGAAAAGUGAUUUACCAUCUAUAACCCUAGGGAAGAGAAGACCAACCCUCUCUCUUUUAUUCUUAUAUAUAUAUUUUCUUUUCUUUGCCUUGAUUUUCAUCCUUUUAUGUAGGUGGAGAUGGAGUUAGCAACCACCGAAAUGUCUAGAGGAAGCAACAGUUGUGACAAUAAGAAAACCGAAGGUCAUCGGAAAGGUCUCUGGAAACCUUUCGAAGACGACAAGCUCAAGCAACUCGUGGAACAAUAUGGUCCCCAUAACUGGAACAACAUUGGUCAACUUUUGUCUGGAAGAACAGGGCAAAGCUGUAGACAGAGAUGGUGCAAUCAACUUGCUCCAAACAUCAACAAGGGACCUUUCACUAAGGAGGAAGAAGAGAGGCUUUUGGAAGCUCAUCGGAUCCAUGGCAGUCGUUGGGCCUACAUAGCGAAGCUGUUCCCUGGGAGGACUGAUAACGCUCUCAAGAACCAUUACCGUGUCACCAUGAAGAGACGCAAACGUAUAGGCUUAUCUUCAACGCCCACUUCUCCGUUCAACCAAAUUCGGAGCCCUAUCUUUCCUCUUCCAAGGCUAAGUCAUAACCUAUACCCGUUUCAGAGGUAUCAGAUGCACAACAGUCGCGGUCCCUGGCCUUACACUUCUGCUUCAGCGCCUAGGAGUGAUCAAUUUGGAUCUUCAUGGAUCUCGAAUGCACAACAAGAAACUGAUCUUUAUAGGAGAAAGUCGAACGAGUUGGUGGAUCAUCAGGCAGCUUCACCAGAUCAUGAGAAGAACUCAUCAGGAGAAGAUGGAACAUCCAUGAUAGAUCAUGGUGAAAAGAGAGAUGUUCCUUUCUUUGAUUUUCUUGGAGUUGGAUUAGAUUCUUAGAUAUAAUAAUCACAACUCAGUGAUUGUAAGCGUAUCUAUCAUUAGGGUUAUGUAUUAUAUUCAGCAUUUUGCUUCCUGAAAACCUUUUAUGGAUCUAAUUCUAUCAAUCUCUUGUUUUCUAUCCUUUCAUAUAUAUAUUAUUUAAGUGUAUACAUAUAUGUAUCUAUGUAUUUGUAUCACAUGCACUUGAAUUGGUACAUACGAAUACAUAUAUGUGUCCGCGUCUUUAUCGUCAGUUUGAUACAUGGUCUGAUGUUUCGUACAGACACAUGUAACAAAUCUGUACUUUUGAUUUAUAUGGCGUCCUGAUUGAUACACAAGGAGAUGCAAGUCUACUAAGUGUAGAUGAUAGAUAAUCAUUGUGUAAUCAUAACCAAAUUUG